UUGGCGAUUGUAGUUGGCGUGCAGAUCACGAUAUGGAAAUAUCCCCGAAUUUCCUUGUGCCCGAUUAAUCAAGAAAACAUCCCAUAAUUGGAAAUGUUAAAGUUGAGGAUGCAAAAUAUAAAAACUUUCAUCUUUUGUAAAAGUACCUACUUAAAGAAAGGAAACUUAAUAACACUACUUAUAUCAGAGGAAAUAUUAAUCGCCAAAGCGACAAAUGGAUUUUAAACUUGAAUACUUUAUUAAAAAAACAUGUAGAGUUAUUCCUUUCAAUUUGAUGACCAAUUAUUCUGAAAAUCAUGGGAUUCUUCAAGAAAGCACUUUUCCAAAGGGGUUUCAGAAACUUCUCUCAGUUGCUAAUGUUGAAACUUCUCUAGAUUAUUUAAAUGUGUUUCUACAUGCAUGUGCUCUAGACGUUGGGUUCUUGCCAAAAAAUGUUGAUGAACAAGAUGUUUAUAACAGUAUGCCAGAAGGUUGGAAAAUGAUCGGUGUGUGGAAAUUUCAAUAUUACCAUAAAUCCUGUCCAGAGCAAUUUUGCUGGAUGACUUGUAUAUCUCUUUAUUCUUUUAUUACUAUCCAUGGUGCAGUAGAAAGUGGAAGCUCACAAAACAACAUUUACGUUAAACUAAAAACUACAGACUAUCUAAAUAGUAACUCUGAACCUAAAGCCGUAGAGGACUUCUUUAAGAACACAGAGAAACUUGAAAUAAAAUUUAAAGAUAGAUUUUGUUUCCCUUUGUUAGCUGCUCUCCAGGAAAAUGCUGGUUGUGCUCCGACCUUUGGAUUUUCUGCUGCUGUUGAUGAAGUGAAGAUGUACAUAUUGCAACUAUUACCGGUCCAAAAUGUUAUUGCUAUGUCCCUUGUAAAUAAAGAUUGUAAUCGAAUAGCUAACUCACCUUUCCUAUGGAAACAUCUACUCAUUAGGGAUUUCGGAUUGGUUGAUGAUCAAUCAGUAUCAUCUAAUGAAAAUUAUAAAGAGUUGUAUAAAACGGAAUUUGUCAAAUCAAAAAGAAGAACAAGAAUGGUAUUUCCUCCAGCAAGUCCUUCAUUCCGUAUUCCUAGUUUUCCACCCAGUUAUAUUGAUGUUAGAAGAGAUUUGGAUCCAGAUCUACAGCAAGCAUUUCCAUAUUUGCGUGACCGAUUUCGCCCCAAUGGAUUUUUUCCUCCAUAUGAUUUUAAUUGGUUUAUGUGAUACUGUGUCUACUUUAGAUGGAACUUUUCUUAUCACUGUAAAAAUUGUAUAUUUGUAUCAAAAGCUAAUAGAUUUUAUAUUACAGGCUA